AGUUACAAAAGUCACAUCGUGGUGUUGAGCACAUGCGCGAGGAACAAAUCACUCUGAUUGAACUAGCUCGCAAGGAUAUACCUUUUGCCAUUAAAACCAUUGGGGCGUUCAAGGAUGGAGAUAAACUAUAUUUCAUUAUGGAGGAGGCCCAGGGGGGUGGUCUGUUUGAUAUACUAAGGCAUGCGAAAGACCAUCACUUCACAGAGAAGGUGGCUAAGUUCUACGCCGCCGAGUGUCUGAUAUUCCUCAAAUACUUGCAUCAGCAGGCACACGUGGUGUACAGGGACUUAAAACCGGAAAAUCUUAUGGUGGAUAGGGAAGGACAUCUGGUGAUCAUAGAUUUCGGACUGUGCAAACAUCUGGAGGAUGGCGAGAGAACGAUGUCCUUCGUUGGCACGCCCGAUUACAUGGCCCCGGAGAUAAUUAAAGGCUCACCUUAUUCGUUCGAGGUGGACUUCUGGAGUUUUGGAUGUCUCAUUUUCGAGAUGAUAAACGGUUAUUCGCCGUUCGAGACCAAAGACGAACAAGGUAACCUCACAUUCACGAAUAUCAUGAAACACUCCAAUGAGCCCAGGAGGCAUAGACACGGCGUCAGCCCAGAAGCACGCAUGCUCAUAGAUCACCUGCUCCAAGCCAACAGACAGUCCCGGUUAGGCCGCCACCGGGGCUGGACCGCCGUGCAGGCGCACCCUUGGUUUCAGAAUGUUGAUUGGAAGUGUUGUGCAGAAAAGAGACUCAAGCCACCGAAGGUACCCAAAUUCAGACAGAAAGUCAUGGAAAACCAGCCGAGUGUGGACAGUGUAGGCCUGGAGGGCCAGGAGAUUAAAGAUGCGUUUGAAUCAUUCGAUUGCGUUGUGCGCGCGGAACCUCAAACUCCGACGAGUAAAUUGGGGAAACAGCCCAUUUUCUCGGUGAGUUUCGUGGAGGAAAAAAAUGUCGUCAACGUGAACAAGGAUGACGACCUGGUGCACUUGAUUCAAGAGGCACGGCUAGAGGAGUCCCACAGCAAGGAGUGCAGCAGCCAAUUACCGAAUGCGAAAGACAGUAGUACUUCUCCAGCGAGAUCCCCGCCAAUAGCGGACCAGUCGAGCUCGGAGAAUGUGUUGUUGGACGUGUCGCAGGUGCUGCAUGUGACAGGUAAACCUGGGCAUGCAGGCCAGGAUAGCACCACCCAUAAGGGAAAAAAAAAAAGGUGCUUCCUGAUCCAACCAGAGUCCUGUGUCAAAUUGAGCUGAUUAAAACAAAUAAUCAACCAUGUUGGUUGUGACCUUGG